AUGCGACAAGGUGAUGAAGUCCACCAGCGCCUUCGGAAUCUAUGUCGAACUUAUAUCCUCCUUCGGACGCAUUCCAGUCGACUCUUCUCGUUGCCUAUCAUCAAGUUACCUGGUAUCGGGGAGUCAGUCAUCAAGGUAGAUUUCUGUGAUGUAGAAAGAAGAAUUUACGACGAGGUUCUCGAGCAAUUCAUUGCAAAUAUCAACGGUCUCAGCGAUGACACGAAUCCGUAUCUCGCACAGUGUCGGUGCUUUCUCACUAUGAUCUUGAAACUGAGAAUGAUCUCUAGUCAUUCGCUCACAACCCAGAAUCUUGUCAAGGGGCUAUUGAACUCGUCUCUUAUGAGAGAUCUUGUCGAAAUUGCAAGAGAAACAAGAGAUCCUGACCAUCCUUCAACCCAGAUAACAAAAUGGUUUAUCACUUUGAAGAAAGGAGUUUCCCUGCCCGCCGCACCGCCAGAUAACGAAGAUCCGAGCCAGUCGAGGAAUGAGCUUAACGGAGACAGAGAAGAGCUUGUCAAACAAUUUCACAAGUUCACUACGGAGCUUCACGAGGAUGGGCAAUGGGACGAACGCCUGAGAAGAACCAGCUGCCCACACUGCGAGUUAACUCCAAUAGGUCCAAUCAUCACCAGCUGCAUGCAUCUGUAUUGCGAAGAGUGCUAUUUCAUUCUCAAAAAUAGUCUCACUUCUGCGGAUGGGAAGCCAACAUGUCAAACAUGCAACAACCCUAUCGCGGAGGCUGAAUAUUGCGGCACUGCCGAACGUAUCAUACUCGAUGAGCCGUCGGUCACUUCCAGUUUGACUCAGAACAACACUAGAAGGACCAAACCAUCUUCUCAGAAAAAGUCAAGCAGAUUGUUUGGUAGUCGGAUGUUCGCAACCGCCGCACAACGAUCACGAAUGAAGCAAACGGGUGAUGAACAGCAGAAUGAAGACGAGGAGCUGGAUUGGAUUUCAGCCGCUCAAGGGGGAAUGCCUGGUGCAAAGGUUGAUAAGGUUCGGGAAUUAGUAGCUAACUGGGUUCGAGAAGAUCCAGAUGCCAAAGUUGUCGUUUUCACGCAAUUUCUUGACUUCGUUCGGAUUUUUUCCUCGAUAUGUACCAAGGAAGGCUGGGCGCACUGUCGUUUGACGGGAAAGAUGUCAAUUGGAGCCCGCGAUUCGAGUAUGAAUGAGUUCAGGGAGAAGCGAGAAGUGAAAGUCAUGAUUGCAAGCCUCAUGGCCGGCGGUACAGGGCUCGACAUGUCCAUGGCAAAUAAGUGUAUCCUUGUGGAUCUCUGGUGGAACGAAGCCGUGCAGCAGCAGGCGUUCUGUCGACUGUACAGAAUAGGACAAGAGAAAGUGGUGGAGGUUGUCAAAAUCAUCGUCCAGAACACGAUUGACGACUACAUCCUUCAGUUACAAACGAAGAAGUCGGCCAAUAUCAACAGCACCAUUGGUGAAGAAGCAUUGCAGAAACGAGACAAGAUUAUUGACCUUCUUAAAAUGUUCGCAGAAGUCGAGAUGCAAGAAAACGGUGGCAUCAGAGUCGAGAUACGCCGCAAAGGGAACAAGCCGACAAAGGCGACAAAGGCACCAAAGGCAACCAGCAAGGCGACGCGAAACGAUCCAAGGGUAAAGGACCAAAGGGCAAAGAACGCGAUACAGGCAUUGGCUCUUCGACUUAGUUCUCAGUGCUUGAGACGCAAUACUCCAAGAUGA